AUGAGCUACAUUGGAGAUGCAUCAAUUGGAUUAAGAGAUUGUGGGUUGGGAGGCUGCAGCGUGGCCUGCGGUCUGUGCUGCGCGUCCCUCGGUCACCACCAGAAAAAGCCUUAUCCGGGGAGGGAGGGGGACAGCGGCCGCAGCCCCCACAGCGGUGCGGAGUUUCUGAGGCUGGGGUGCUGCGUCCCACCCCCACGCAAAGCAGCGUUGGUGCCUCUGUGCAGCCCCAGGAGAGAACGGCAAUUUCAGAGGCGGCUGCCUGACCUAUUUUUGAGCUGCCUGCAGGUGCCCACUGCUUCCUGGGGCUCUGUGCAUUGCCCAGGGGCUAUGUACCUUGCUCUGGGGGCUCUACAUGGCUCCAGGGGCUCUGUGCAUUGCUCUGGGGGUGUGUACAUUGCUCCAGGGCCUCUGUGCAUUGCUCGAAGUCCAUGUACACUGCUCUGCACGUUGCUCUGGGGCUCCAUACGCUGCUCCAGGGGCUCGGCGUAUUGCUCUGGGGCUGUGUACACUGCUCCAGGGCCUCUGCGCAUUGCUGUCAUCUUGCAGCUUCGCUUAAAAAAUGCUCCUGCUGCCGAAGCUGCUGCCCCCUCCCGUCCAGCCUCAUGCUGCCUGCAGCAGGCAGGCUGCAUCACUGCCACGUCGCAGCCUCCGUCAGCAUCUCCGCGACGGCCACUCACUGCCUGUGUCACCGGACACACCAGCAUCAGCCAGGGCCCAGCAGGCCCAGCACCGAUGGCCUUUUGCUCCUGCAGCGCCUGUCCGGCCCCACAGGGACCCUCAUCACCUGGGUGCAGGAUGCACGGGGCAGGUGCUGCCCACCCUCACCAGCAGCCGGGGCCAGGCAGCAUCCCUGCCUGCCUCGGAGAAGUCGGGUCCCUGCACCCCGGCAAGCGCAGCGCUGCCACGGGCAAUGUCCUGCUGUACAUAGAUCCUUUCGGGGUGGUUUUUAGCAUUUGCAUUGAUAACAGGGGUUUUGGUUUUGUUUGGUUUUUUUUAAAAGACUCUCUACUUUUGGAAUGUGGUUUCUCAUUUUUACAACUGCCUUUUAAUUAUUUGUAAUAUUGGUCAGUUCUGUCUUACUCUGUAAAUAGUGGUGCUGGGCAUUUCCCGUGGAGCCGGGGGCUGAGCCGAGGCCAGCGAGGGAUUUGCAAAGGCAAGGGGGAAAAUUUGCUUGAGGUGUGGAGGUGGCUGAUUCAGUCCUGGCCCCCACGCAGCCUCUUCCCCUGUCCUCCCCAUGUGCCACUGCCCAGCCCGGGGCGAAUCCUGAGGUGCUUCAGGCAAAGCCACGCUUGCCCCUGCCCUGUCUUCCUGCUUCCUCUUGUCAGCCCAUGCCAAGGUCGCAUGAAGGGCACUUUCUGCCCCGAUGACAGGCCCCCUGCCCGCCCCAUCCUGCACCCCUGUACCAUGCCUGCUUGUCGUGUGAUGAAUAAAGGCCCUGCAACCCCUCA